GCUGUCCCCGGCUGAAGAGCGCCACGGCGUGAAGAAGGGUCUUGGGGAAGGUUAUUUAACAGCAGCACAAAGCUCAGUGUCCCUAUGUUGACUAGUUGAGAAGAAAAUAAAUAUGGCCUUCUACAGUUAUAAUUCAGUCUUAGCUAUUGCCCGAACAAGAUUCUCUAGCCAUUUCGUCCCUCCUACCUGCUCUCGUUAUUCCCCAUCACUUGCAUUUCUUCACUUGCCAGAUUUCCAUUUAAAUAAGACACAUAUGAAGAACUAUGGAAGCAAGAGGUACUCCUACCCUAGUCGGUUAGGCGGUAAAGUACUUCAUUUACAAACUAGACUCAUACAAAAGCUGCAUACAUCAACUUGCUGGCUACAAGAGGUCCCUCGUAAACCUCAGCUGGAGCAAACCACAGAAAAGACACAGAUGACAAGCCCUCGGCCCACAAAAGAAACUGGCACAAAGGUUAAAGAUGGAAAGCCGCCUUUUAGACAAAAAAUCGUGGAUGAACUUAAAUAUUAUUACAAUGGAUUCUCUUUACUUUGGAUUGACACCAAAGUUGCUGCCAGAAUGGUUUGGAGGCUGUUGCAUGGACAGGUGCUGACCAGACGAGAGAGACGAAGGCUGUUGAGAACUUGUGCUGAUUUCUUCCGCCUGGUUCCAUUUAUGGUGUUCAUUAUUGUACCUUUCAUGGAAUUCUUAUUACCAGUGUUUGUGAAACUUUUCCCAGAGAUGUUGCCAUCAACUUUUGAAAGUGAAUCAAAAAAGGAAGAAAAGCAGAAGAAAAAAAUGGCUGCAAAGUUGGAACUAGCAAAAUUUCUUCAAGAAACAAUUACAGAAAUGGCAAGGAGGAACAGAGCCAAAUUAGGAGAUGCCUCUACACAGCUCUCAUCCUACGUAAAACAGGUCCAGACAGGCCACAAGCCUAGCACAAAGGAGAUAGUUCGCUUUUCCAAACUAUUUGAGGAUCAGCUAGCCCUGGAGCACUUAGAUCGACCUCAGCUGGUUGCCCUUUGCAAGCUGCUAGAGUUGCAGACCUUUGGAACCAACAAUUUGCUCCGCUUUCAGCUCCUGAUGAAACUGAAGUUGAUAAAAGCAGAUGAUGAAAUAAUUGCUAGGGAAGGAGUGAGGGCUCUCAGUGUGUCAGAACUGCAAGCUGCCUGCAGGGCUCGGGGGAUGAGGUCACUGGGUCUCACCGAGGAACAGCUGCAACAGCAGCUCACAGAGUGGCAGGACCUCCACCUGAAGGAGAACGUUCCUCCAUCUCUUUUGCUCCUGUCACGCACUUUCUACCUGAUAGAUGUGAAGCCAAAGCCAAUUGAGAUACCACUAAGUAGGGAGGCUCCAAAGACAGAUAUUCCUGUGGCAUCAUCUACUUCCUCUGAAUCUCAGGAGAACACGGUGGAUUCUGUACCUCAACUGAAGAGAACUAAGGAUGAAGAAUUUAUACAACCGCCACCACUUACAUCAUCAUCCACACCAUCAACACUUCUUUCAUUACCUAAAGGAUCCAUCACUUCUAAAGAAGCUACACUCCAGGCCAAAUCACAAAAGACAUCCCAGAACAGCAAGGCUAGUCAAAAAGGAGCAUAAGGACUACUUGAGGAUGGAGCUCGCCCUCUCCAGCUUCCGGCCUUCGGCAGUGGCACCCGUAACGGGCCUCCCAGCUAAGACUGUGUCUGGUUCAAGACAGGUGAUCAGCAGUUUAGUCCUUGGGACAGUCUUUUGAGGCCCUCUAACCAUCCAGAUGAUGUCAGCAGUGAGACCAGGUUCAGACCAUUUAGAGUUAAUAAUUGCAAAGUCCAUUUCCUCUGUACCAUUAUGUCAUCUCACUAAACUUUGUGUCAAGCCCCCACCCCA